AUGGAUCUGCUAGUGCAGCUGGAUGCUGCAGUCUUGAGUCGGGUUCUGUCAUCGCUGCCACAAAGGCAGGCACUUGCUUUAACCAUUCUCGCGCAAGACUGGCUGCGGCUGGUAGCAGCUCAUCUUUGGCGCUUGGUCGUCAGCCCGGACCUUUCGCCGGGCCUGGCACAAACUGCUGCCACUCACUGCGUUCGGCUGCGUGAAGUCGUGUUUCAGUCCAGUCAAGCUGCUCAAGCUUCGACGGAGCCGGAAGCCAGAGCAUUUUGGCUGCAUGCUGCUGGGAUAUGGCGGAGCUUGCUGACGACUCCGGUUGCUCCUUUGAGGCAGCUGACUCUUCGAGGGUCAGGCGAGGCAGAUGGGAAGAGUGCGGGCCCAUUCCUGGCUGAGCUACCGAAGUCAGCUGGAAACUGCAUGUGUCUCCGGGACUUUCAUGUGGAAAACAUCAUCGACGCCGACGACGGCAUCGUCAAAUUCCUGCUCGAAUUUCUACCACCUUUGCCGCUCACAUCGUUAAGACUGCGAAACUGCAAUUUAAAAGGCUCGGAAGUUAUUGAUUUGUGCCGUGCGCUGCAAAUGGCACCAAUGCUUAACUCCCUUUCGGAUCUCGACCUUUCGCAAAAUGCCAUGUCUGAGGAAGGGGCAGGUGCACUGGCUCAGCUGCUGCCCGGGGUUUCAGAACUCCGAAGCCUGGCACUCUCUGGGAACGGACUUGGUCCUGUGGGCUUAGCAGCGCUUGCGAAUGCACUUCCGCCAUCGCUCAAACACUUGGACUUGUCCCUGAAUGGACUGGGUACAGUGGGGCUUGCAGUCCUGCAGCAAGCGAAUCUACGGCUGGAGUCGCUGAACGUGCGGGGCAAUUGGUUGGGAGCCAGCGACACGGAAGUGCUGCCACGCCUACUGCGGUCAAUGAGCGACAGUAUUUCAAGGUUGGACGUGGGGCAGAACAAACUCGGCCCUGCCGGAGUCAAAGACUUUCUGGAUCAACUCCCGCCCCUACCGAAGCUGAACAUGCUGAGCCUGGCGGAGAACCAGUUCGCAACUGCGGACUUCUCGCCGAGCUCCUUCGGACAGCUUGCGACAUCUGCACCAGGCCUCGAAGAGAUCAACUUGAAUGCAAACUUACUCGGCAGCGACCAAGCAAUGCUCUGCUCUAUUUGUGCAGCUUUGCCGUCAACACUGCGUGUUCUACAUUUGGGUGCUUCGUCACUAGAUGGUUCGAACCUUAUGGUCAUGCUACCUGUCCUCAACCUCCCUUGCUUGGAAUGCUUGAGUCUCGUGCAAGCAAGAUUGGACGACAGAGGCACAGCGAUGCUGGCAGAGUGGCUUCAGAAAAAGCCGUUACCGAAGCUGCAGCAGAUGGACGUCAGCGGAAACCGCAUAACGCGUGAAGCCAUCGCUCAGCUGCAAAACUCUUUGCACACGAACCUCGGCUGCACCAGCGUCGAUCGACGCGCGUGCGCAUUUUUGCACCCAGCAGUCUCGACAGUCAGACUUUAG